AUGAUACCCAUAGUUUUUCUAAUCGUGUUGAAAUGUGUGAGUAGCAUUGUUCUUCUCUUCAAUACAGAAAAUAGUGAUCAUGUCCAGAAUUACGAUUGUAUAUAUAAUCGAGAUCCUGGUGCGCCUCUCAUUAAAUAUUGUAAACGGGCCAGAUCACCCAAAACACUUCAACGACAAUUCCAUGGUUGCCAUAACGAAGGGAAAUGUUGGAGUUUCCGUGAAAUUCUCGAGCUUGGCAUUGAUCCCAACACCGUAUUGCAAUGGAGUUCGAGUAUUGAAACAGCUGAUAACUAUGCUGAUAUCUUCUAUGCAAAUGAAUCGGGUCUAAAUAUUGAAGACAACACGUUGGAGCAGUUCGCUUGUAAUUGUACUAGAUUGGGAACAUUCGGAAAAUACUGUGAAUAUCAGCUAGUCAACAGUGAUGACAAUCCAUGGUUUUCGUCGUCUAUUCGAAUGCAAUACAAUCAGAGAAAAGGUAAUGAAGAUUGGCUUCAAGUCUUCGGCAAUAUAGUGUGUUAUGAAACAUUGAUCUGCAAUUCUGGUUUAAUGUGUUUGGAAUGGCGAAAUGUAUGCGAUGGUAAGCAAAAUUGUUUGGAUGGGAAAGAUGAAGAAGGGUGUGAUCUUUUGGAAUUCAACGAAUGUGAAUUGGAUGAAUACAGAUGUGAUAAUGGUAUGUGUAUUCCUGAACAAUACUGGCUCGAUGGUAAGAACGGUUACGGAGGACGGAGUGGAUGA